AUGUCAUCAUUACCAACUGAUAUCAACGCUGCAUUGAUUGAACUCUUGAGUGGUUUAUCAUCUGCUGAUAACAAUGUCCGUUCUCAAGCUGAAAAUACCUUAUACACAUCUUGGACCGUUAAAGAUCGUGUUGACGUUCUUUUGGUGUUUUUAGCUGAACAAGCUACUGCAGGUGGUUCAGAUGAAGCUAAAGCAUUUUCAUCUGUUUUAUUCAGACGUUUAGCUAUUAGAUCUCCUCAAAACUUGAAAAGUGUUACAGAAAGAACAAUUUCAACCGUCAACUCACAUGCCUUAGAACAAAUUCGUGCAUUAUUUUUAAAAGGUUUUAUUUCUCAACAACAAAAUUUUGUUAGACAUAAAUUAGCUGAUGUUAUUGCAGAAUUAGCUAAAGAUGAUAUCCCAGGUGAAUGGACUCAACUAUUUCCAACUUUAAUAGAAGCUGCUAAAAAUCCAGACCCAAGUUUCAGAGAAUCAGCUUUCAGAAUUUUCGCAACUACUCCAGCUUUGGUUGAUAGAAGUUAUAUCAAUGACGUUUUACCAAUCUAUCACUCAGGUUUUGAUGAUGAAAAUGAUGAUGUUCGUAUUGCUGCUUGUACAGCUUUCGUUGCCUUUUUCCAAAACUUACCAAAAAAAUCAUGGCCAUCAGUUGAAUCAUUGUUACCAAACUUAUUAAAUAGUUUACCAAGAUUAUUACAGAAUGGUAAAGAUACUGCAUUAGCUGCUGUUUUAGAAUCAUUAAUUGAACUAGUUGAAUUAGCUCCAAAAAUGUUCAAAAACAUGUUUGAAACUAUCAUUCAAUUUUGCUCAGCUGUUUCCAAAAAUAAAGAUUUGGAUUCAAGUGCAAGAUUAGCUGCUUUAGAAUUAUUAACCACAUUCAGUGAAUCAAGUCCAAACAUGUGUAAACGUCAACCAGAAUAUACUCAAGCCAUUGUCGUCAUCACUUUAAGUUUGAUGACUGAAGUUUGUAUUGACGAUGAUGAUGCAGCAGAAUGGAAUAAUUCUGAUAAUACUGAAGAUGAUGAAGAAGAACCAGAAUAUGAUUCAGGUCGUCAAGCUUUAGAUCGUGUUGCUUUAAGAUUAGGAGGUGAAUCAUUAGCAUCACCAUUAUUCCAAUUGAUCCCACCAAUGUUAGCUUCUGCUGAUUGGAGAGAACGUCAAGCUGCUUUAAUGGCUUUAUCUUCAGCUGCUGAAGGUUGUAGAGAUGUUUUAAUUGGUGAAAUUCCAAGAAUUUUGGAUAUGAUUAUACCAGCUCUUAAUGACCAACACCCAAGAGUUCAAUAUGCUUGUUGUAACUCAUUAGGUCAAGUAUCAACAGAUUUUGCCGAUGUUAUCCAAAGAAGUUCCGGUGAUCGUAUCAUUCCAGCUUUAGUUUCUAAAUUAACAAAUCAAUCAGUUCCAAGGGUUCAAGCUCAUGCUGCUGCUGCUUUAGUUAAUUUCUCUGAAAAUGCUUCAAAAGAAACUUUAGAACCAUACUUAGAUGAAUUAUUGAGUAAUUUAUUGACAUUAUUACAAAGUCCAAAACGUUACGUUCAAGAACAAGUUUUGACCACUAUUGCCAUUGUUGCUGAUGCUGCCGAACAAACAUUUAUUAAAUAUUAUGACACUUUGAUGCCAUUACUAUUAAAUGUUUUAAAAACUGAUAUGGGUGAUGAAAAUAGAUUAUUAAAAGCCAAGUGUAUUGAAUGUUCAACUUUAAUUGCCUUAGCUGUUGGUAAAGAAAAAUUCCAACAACACUCAAAUGAAGUUAUUCAAUUAUUUGGUACCAUCCAACAAUCAGAACUACAAGAUGAUGAUCCAGUUAAACCAUAUUUGGAACAAGGUUGGGGUAGAAUUGCAAGAAUUAUUGGUAAAGAUUUCUUACCAUUUUUACCAAGUGUUUUACCACCAUUACUUCAAGCUGCUAGUGCUCAACAAGAUAUCAGUUUGUUAGAAGAAGAGGAAGCUGAAGAAUUUAACCAAGAUGAUGAUUGGGAUGUUAUUCAAUUGGCUGGUAAACAUAUUGCUGUUCAUACUGCUCUUUUGGAUGACAAAGCUGCUGCUAUUGAUUUAAUCAGUGGUUAUGCUGAAAUCUUGAAAGGUGAUUUUUUCCAAUUCACCAAGCAAAUUGUCGCUGAAAUUUCAUUACCAGCUAUUGACUUCUAUUUACAUGAUCAAGUUAGAAGUGCAGCUGCUUCAUCAUUACCUGCUUUAUUAAUGACUAGUAAAUAUGCAACUGGUGAAAAAUCUACACAAACUUUAGAACUAUGGCAAUUAAUAAGUGAUAAAUUAAUCAAAGCUAUUGGUACUGAACCAGUUCAAGAUUUAUUAUUUAUUUAUUACACAGCGUUUGCUGAUUGUGUUCAAUUAAUUGGUGAUGAUGCUCUAUCUACAACCCAAUUAGAAAACUUCGCAAAGAAUGUCAAUGAAGGGUUGAAAGAAAUGUAUGACCGUAUCAAAGAACAAGAAGGCCAAGAUGAUGAAUAUAAUGAAGAAUUGGAUGAAGAGGAUAGAGACUAUACUGAUGAAGAACUAAGUGAUGAAAUCAACAAAGUUAUUUCUGUUGUUUUCAAAUCAUCUAAGACCGCAUUCUUACAACCAUUCCAAACCUUAGUACCAACCAUUGCUGCUUAUAUUAAUGACACUAAUGUCACAGCCAAAUUAUUUGGUUUAUGUGUUGCUGCUGAUUUGAUUGAAUAUACUGGUGAACACUCAAAAGUUUACCAAGAACUAUUCUUGAGCCCAGUUGGUGAAUCUUUGUCAAGUCAACACAGCUCAAUCCGUCAAGCUGCUGCUUAUGCCGUUGGUGUUACUGCUCAACACGCAAGUACAGCUUACCAUGAUUUCAUCUUAGCUGCUUUAGAACCAUUAUACAAUUCUACACAAAUUGCAGAUGCUAGAUCCGAAGAUAACAUUAAUGCCACUGAAAAUGCUUCAGCUGCUAUUUCUAAAAUAUUGCAUACCAUUCCAUCAACUGUUGAUGUUGCUGCCGAAAGUUGGAUUAAAACUUUACCAAUACUUCAUGAUAAAGAAGCUGCACCAUAUGCAUAUAGAUUCUUAGCCCAAUUAAUUGAAUCUGGUCAUAGUUCUGUCCAAUCUCAAGUUCCACAUGUUAUUGAUUCAGUUGUUCAAGCUUUAGUUUACGCUUCAAUUGGUGGUAAAACAGCUGAAACAGUUGCUGCUUCCACUAAAAAAUUGUUGAGCUCAAUCCCACAUAGUGAUGCUGUUAGCUUAUUACAAAAGUAUCCUGCUGAAGCUCAACCAGUUAUUCAAAAAUGGUUUUCAUGA